GAGACAUCAUGGCACGAGCUGUGGUGCAAUUCGUCCUUUUUGGGCUGCUGUCAGCUUUGGUUACCACACUUGCAGACAAGAUCUUUGGCCAGUCUGUUGCCAGAGGGAUCAACAAAGUCAUUUACUAAUAAUAGUGAAAUGGGCUUCUGGUAUUUGCACAGGAUGACUGGGACAUCUACAGCUUUCACAUCAACUCAACAGUGAGCAGUCGUUAUGCAACCACUGUCAUCACAAGCCGUGUGGCCAAUCGAAUGGACAUGUCGAAGGAAGUAGAGUUUCAAGUCCGGAUUCCCAAGAAUGCCUUCAUCAGUAAAUUCAGAAUGUUUAUUGAUGGGCAGCCAUACGAUGGAGUUGUAAAAGCUAAGGAAGUCGCUAAGCAGCAGUACACUGAUGCUGUGUCCCGAGGUCAGAGUGCAGGGAUUGUCAGCUCUGUUGGAAGGACUCUUGAGGAAUUCAAGACUUCAGUAAAUGUAGCAGCUCACAAAAAAGUCACCUUUGAACUUACGUAUGAGGAACUACUGAAACGCAAAUUGGGCAAGUAUGAGCUGCAAAUCCACGCUCGACCCAUGCAGCCUGUAAAAGACUUCAAGGUGGAUGUACACAUAAAUGAGGAUGCUGGGAUCAAUUUCUUGGAGGUGACAGGAGGACUGAGCACCAAUGCCAUGGCUAAUGCCAUCACCAAAACACUUGCAGACAAACAGGCGUGGCUGUAUUUCUACCCAACAGAGGAUCAACAGAAAUCAUGUGACACCUGUGGAGAGCAAGGUAUGAAUGGAGAUCUGGUCAUUGUUUAUGACGUCAACAGGGACACCUCAUUUGGAGACAUCAAGAAAUCAUCGGGGUACUUUGUUCAUCACUUUGCUCCAUCUAAUCUUGCCCGGAUACCAAAAAAUGUGAUCUUUGUCAUUGAUCAAAGUGGCUCAAUGCACGGGAGGAAAAUACAGCAGACCCAAAUCGCACUGAUUCAUAUCUUGAACGACCUGGCAGAAGAUGACUUCUUUGGUCUGAUCACUUUUGAUGACAGUAUUUUUCACUGGAAACGAGAACUUGUCCAGGCUAAUGAACAAAAUGUGGCUAGUGCCAAAACUUUUGCACAGAACAUUCAAUCCAGAGGAGCCACUGACAUUAACCGGGCCGUUUUAGAAGGAACAUCUAUGCUAAACAGACAUCCCAGAGAAGGCUCAGCAUCUAUCCUCAUACUGCUCACAGAUGGAGACCCAACCUCAGGUGUGACAAAUCUGGAAGCAAUUCAGUCAAAUGUAAGAGAGGCCAUCAACGGUAAAUUCCCUCUCUACUGUCUCGGUUUCGGCUUUGAUGUCAACUUUGAGUUCCUUGAAAAGAUGUCACUGCAGAACAACGGUGUGGCACGGAGGAUUUAUGAAGACUCUGAUGCUGAUUUACAGCUGAAGGGUUUCUAUGAAGAGGUGGCCACUCCUUUGCUGACAGAUGUGACGAUGAUUUAUGAGGGUGGGGUUAAUGUGACCCAGACUAACUUCAGUCAGUAUUAUAAUGGCUCUGAGAUUGUUGUGGCGGGUCAAAUCACUGACAACAACAUUGAAACCUUCACUCCACAAGUUAUUGCCAUUUCAAGGAACACAAGGAUGGUGUUUACGGAAACAAAUCCUUCAGUGGAGUUGACUGGGACAGCGUCUGACAGUAACAUCCAGAGGGUCUGGGCCUACCUCACAGUCAAACAGCUUCUCGAGAAAGAACUGCGGCUCUCUGGUCCUGAGAAAGAGAACGCUAAGCAAGAGGCUUUGGAGCUGUCACUAAAGUACAGCUUUGUGACUCCACUGACAUCCAUGGUGGUCACCAAGCCUCCAGGGGAGAGUGCAGAUGUGCUUCAUAAGCCCAAGGAAGGUGAAACCACACAGGACACACGCACCUACUCGCAGGUUCCCAUGCCCGGGCCAGCAGGUCCUAGAAGUGCCGGAUUUGUAGGAGGUUUUGGAAGUCCAAUGGUUUUUCAUACUCCUGCAGCCUAUGAUGAUAACUAUGAUUAUAACCAUUUUGCGGCUCCUCUCUCUCCCAAUUUACAUCAUAUGCGCCCUGCAAGUCCUCCUGUCAGAUUUGCACCUCCUCUUCCAGCCCGCCCUCCACCUCCUGUUCCAAAUCCAGUUGUUCAUGUCACCCAGUUUUUACGUAAAACUGAGAACCAGGCUCUCCCACUGUGUUAUAAUGUCAAUGGAAACAUCAAUCUUCAACUUCUUUACCAUCCUAACGGAGGGCUGUUAGUGAACGGUGAGCUUGAUGCAUCACUGGGAGGAUUCAGAAGGAUUGCCAUCCACACAACUACUGCAAAGUUUGAGCUUGAAGGCCUGAGAAUUGUUGUACAAGACCCGCAGGGCAGAGCUAUCUAUCUUCAGGAGGAUGAAGUCAUUACUCGUGAUAGUGUGACAGUGAUCAGACGGCCCAAAGAAAUAGAUUUUGUAAGCGGAGACACACGGAUCGUCCUCUUGAUUCAUGAGAAAAGCGGUCUUCGUUUCCUCUGGCCUGUUGUCAGACAACAGCCGACAGACGGAAACCUCACAGGGAUGUUAGCCCUUGGUUCAGCAGUUUAUGAGGUGAUGCAGGAAAACCCUCCCUUUGCAAAUCUUAAAAUCCAAAACAUCGAGAUGCAGGCUGCCAGAUCCAUUGCUGCUGACUACAGUAUCCCCUCUGCUCCAAUGCUGAACUGCUGGCUCGUCACCUCUGAGUUCGCCCUACAGCGGUCCAUGGAUGGGUUCAUUGUUGCACAAAUUUAACUUGGAAAAGGGAUGAAUCAUUGAAAAGUUCAUGUAAAAACACACUGGACAGUGACUCGACAUGUAACAAUACUUUCAAAAAUAAAACUUGUCCCAGA